GUUACACUGUUCUUUGGUUAAACAUAAAGAUAGAUCAAUGUGUGGAAUUUUUUGCUCAAUUUUGCAAGAUGCUAAAUUAUAUUCGAAUAAUAUUGAAAGCCCACUGACAGAAAUUCUAAGAAACCGUGGUCCAGACGUUCAAGACGAGUUGGUGCUAAAUUAUGAUGGUGGACACAUAAUUUUUGCCGGCAGCGUAUUAUGGCAACAAGGGGAAAAAGUACAAAAGCAACCAGUGGUGGCAGACAACUUCAUUUUUUUGUAUAACGGAGAUUUUUACAAUUUACCAAAGCCUGACUCUAUGUCAGACACGUCUUGGAUAGCGAAAAGAUUUUCUGAAUGUCGUAGUGAAAAGAAUCUACUGAAUCUACUAAAGCAGUGGGAGGGACCUCAUUGCUUAAUUAUUUAUGACAAACGAGAUCAAACACUCUACUUCUCUCGCGACACACUGGGAAGGAAUUCAUUAAUUAUUGAACGCAUUUCGAAAGGAUUAAAUUUAUUAAGUACUUCACAUUAUUCUGAAAGUGAAAAAAUAUCAUUGGAAUUGCCCCCCUUGGGUAUAUAUCGGGUCAAAGUGAAUGAUUUAACAGCGUGCAUAUUGCAUCCAUGGCAGCCUCUUAAUGAGUAUAAUAAUCAGCUUUUACUUAAUCUUGAUAUUGCUGUUGGCUGGAAAACUACAGUGGAAAGUCCAAUUUUGCCAGAGUGGAUGUUAAAAAGUAAGCUUAGAUUUGAUUACGAUUUCUAUAAAUUGCCUUAUAUCGAUAACCAUGUGGAUCUUUAUAAUUACAUAAUAAGUCAACCACAAAUAAAAGAAUCUCUUACAACGCUCCAUCAAUUGCUUUGCGAUUCGGUACGAAAUCGUGUUAGAAACACCGCUCCAACUUGCCGACUCUGCUCAACGAAAUUGGGUCUUAAAACUAAAUGCAACCAUGCAAAAAUUUGUAUUUUGUUUUCGGGUGGUAUCGACUGUACCAUCUUGGCUUUGCUGGCUAAUCAUUUUGUAUCAGAAAAUGAACCGAUCGAACUGAUUAAUGUAGCUUUCGAAAGCAUUGAGGGUCAAAAUAUAUCUGAAAUCCUUUGGGAUGUGCCGGAUCGAAGAACUUCAUUGUUGGCUAUCGAAGAAUUAAAGAAACUUUGUCCUAAGCGAUGCUGGAAUCUGCUGAAAGUCAAUGUAACCCGUAGUGAAUUACAGCAACAUCUUAAUACACGUAUCAAACAUCUCAUAUAUCCUCUUGAAACAGUUUUAGAUGAGAGUCUCGGAUGCGUCUUCUGGUUUGCUUCGCAUUGCACUAGCUCUACUGCCAGAGUCGCCCUUAUUGGUAGUGGGGCAGAUGAAUUAUUUGGUGGGUAUGCUCGGCACCGCAACACAUUCAGGCGUUGCCUGGGCAGCGAUAUGGAACAUUAUCUUGCCGUGGAAAUGGAACUUGAGAUAGACUGGCAACGUAUUCCGGCCCGGAACUUAGCAAGAGAUGACCGAGUUAUUGCCGAUAAUGGCAAAACGGCUAGAUCGCCAUUCGUCGAGGAGAACUUUGUUAAAUUUAUAAGGUCUUUAGAAGCGUACCAAAAAUGUUGCUUUAGCUAUCCUGAAGGUGUUGGUGAUAAGUUGCUUCUGAGACUGUAUGGCUAUCAAAUCGGACUGCGAGAAGUAGUAUUCCUGAGGAAAAGAGCUAUGCAGUUUGGUUCUCGAAUCGCAAACAAAAAACAAAAAGCUUCCCAUCAGUCGGAAAACCUUAAGCUUUAAAUAUUAACAUUUUUAAACGGAUCACAACAAAUUUAAAUGAUACACUGACUCGCUAAGUUAAAAGCAGAGUUACUUAUACAACUCGUUUAAAAAAAAAUAACGUGUUUAUACAAUUUUGUAUUUUUUAUUUAAACUUGAAUCAACAUUUUAAAAUAUCAAUAUGGAAAAUGAUUUUUUAUUUAUAACAUUCAAAUAUUGUAUCUUUCCUUGAUACAAUAGUCACUUAAAAUAAAAUAUAAAUCCACCCAAUGAAAAACGUGAA